AGCAGUGUCAGUAUUUGCAUUGGUUUAAUUCUGCAUCCAAUGUUUAACAAUUCCAACUGAAAUCAAACAGUUUUCAUAAUGAGUGAUGAAUUUCGUGUUCAUCAUUGUGUCAAUCAACUUCUGCGGUUGCUACGUGUUGAUGGAGGUCUGAAUGCUGCAGAUCUCACUGAACAUAUUCUUAAAAACAGAACUCCCUUCAUUACCACACAGGUAAACACUCAUUCAUCUACAGUUCGUAUAUCAGAGCACGCAAGAAAACCUCAAGAAUUUGUUCAUAAAUUCGAGGAACUGAAGUCAAAAAAUGUCCGUAAUGUUGACUCUUUAAUCUUCCUUCUCUCCAACAUCAUCGAGAAUCCAUCGAUACACUCCACGAUUACAAAAUGUGCAUCAUCACGUGGGGAUGCGGAUAAAUUCAUUCCUCAAUAUCCUCCAGCAGGACUAGGAUCAUCUCUCAUGACUCUUCCAGCAUCAGGAACAACAUUGACUCCCCAAGAGCUUGUUGAGUUACGCAGCAACUUGGAAAAAGCCACCACCUCAUCCACUCUCUCAUCUGAUGUGGUGAGAAAGAUGUUAUACGAACAACAACAAUCUCGGAAAUCCCAGUUCACGACCCCAACCCAACCUUCAUGGCUUAUCGGACCAAUGAGAAAAAUCAACCUCACGCUAGAUUUUCCAUUCAAUACAAGCACUCAGCACCCAAUUGCCCAAAUUGGGAACCUUCCGAUCCGAAACCAGGAAGAUGAAGUUGUUAAAGACGUUCUUGCAGUGUUAUCGGGUGUAGAAGGUCGUCACAUCCUCGUGAGACAAGGAGAGAACAAAUAUUCACCUCGAAGAUUUAUCAUCGAACCAUCUAUGGAUGUUGCAUUAGCCGAGAUGGUGAACCUCAUCAUAUGUGUUGCGAGUUCUUAUUCUAUCAUUGUCAACUUUAUUGAAGAGAGAUCUGCGUUUGUGUAUGGACAAGUCAACCAUGCGUUGAGUGCAGCAAUGAAGACCAUUAUUAAAGAGUAUCAGAUCAAUAUAGCACAGUUGGAGGACCAAAGGAGGCAAGGUCAUCUCUCCCUACAACGACUUGUCUUCCUCCUCCAACCAGUGAUCCAACAGAUGGAGGUUCUCGCAUCCGUAGCUAGCGCUGUGGAAAAAGGAAAUUGUAUUGGGGGAAGUGUCCUUACAUUGCUUCACAGUAGGAUCGUUGCAAGCGUUGGUGACAAAGUGUCAGAGGACCUUUAUACCCACCUUGCCCAGCUUGCCAAUGUACCUUACUUGGAAAUGCUUGAAAAAUGGAUUUAUAAGGGUGAGAUUGUGGACCACUACAAUGAAUUUCUUGUGGAGCAACACGAAAAAUUCAGCAAAGAGAAAUUACUUGACGAAUAUAAUGACCAAUACUGGGAGCUUCGAUAUACUUUGUGCAGGGACAGAAUUCCUAUUUAUCUUGAACGGAUGGCUGACAAAAUUUUGAACACUGGAAAAUACCUUAACGUGGUUCAUGAGUGCGGUAGAUCAGUUUGUUUCCCCGAUGCAAGAGAAAUCAUAUACAGCCCAACUAAGAAAGAAUAUGUACAGCAAAUUGAAGAGGCGCACAGCUACGCGAGUCAGUUGCUCCUUGAUCUUCUCAUGGAAGAGCACAACCUCACAUCUCGUCUCCGAUCCGUGAAGAGCUACUUCCUCCUCAAUGAUGGUGACUUCCUUCUUCACUUCAUGGACCUCACAGAGUCAGAGAUGAGAAUGCCAAUGGAAGAUAUUAUGCCUAAUCGCUUGGAAACCCUUCUUGAACUCGCCAUUCGAACAAGCAUGUCUGACAGAGACCCCUUUAAGGAUGAUUUAAAAAUUGUUCUUUUGAAUUAUGACCUGAUAACGCAGUUGGUUCGUAUUCUGUCCAUUGAUACCAUUGAGGAAAGUGUUGUUAAGUCUCUGGAUCCAACUGAAAUAAGUCUAAGUGGGCUUGAAUCGUUUGCAUUGGACUACACAGUUAGAUGGCCCCUCUCUCUUGUUAUUUCUCGCAAGUCACUUACAAAGUACCAGAUGUUAUUUCGACACUUGUUCUACUGUAAACAUGUGGAACGACAUCUCAGUGCAGUUUGGCUUAAGUUUAAAACAUUAAAGAAAAACAUCUUACACUCACGACAUUGGUUUGUGGAAGCCAUGCUAAUUCUACAGAGGAUGCUUCACUUUAUUCAAAACUUUGAAUAUUAUAUGAUGUUUGAGGUGCUGGAACCAAACUGGAUAAAUUUGGAGAAAAACCUUAAAACGGCAGUUAAUGUAGAUGAGGUGCUUGAAUAUCACACCGACUUCUUGCGACAAUGUUUACAAGACUGCUUGCUUACCAACACUGAGUUAUUGAAGAUGUUGAGCAAGUUGCUCAUGCUGUGUGUCUCGUUUAGUAAUUUUAUGCAGGGUUUAAGUCGCCAAGUAGAUGGUCCUUUGUUGGAGGAAAGUCUUGAACAUUCUACACUUGCUGGCCCACCAACAGCAACCGAAAUACAGUCAGAGGCGGAUAGACUUGCUACUGCCACAAAGGAAGCCUCGUUUCACUUAGACGAACUUGCACGCUCGGCAGAGCAUGGGGUCACCGUGGAUGCGUUCAAGCGGAACUUUACCUCCGUCCUUAUGAACCUUCUCAAUCGUGUCUCUUUCAUCAGCAGAGAAGAAGGACAGCAUGGACUUUUCAACAUUCUGCAUAAGUUAGAUUACAAUGGGUAUUAUCGGUCACGCAUGAACGACGAUGAUAGCAUCAAUCAAAAAGGUGAUGUAUCCAUGUCAAAUGACCUAAUAUCAUCUCAUAUAUCAGCUACCGAGGCAAAGUCCUGAUGUGCUAGUUUUCAAAAAGCUUCAAGUUUUGGAAAUAUUGUGCUGACUCUGUCCUGCCAGGACACAUGGUGUGCUGUCGUAGGACUUUACCAAUAUAGAAUACUAGCUUGUACGCUUUGCAAACCAACUUGUUUAUGUUGGUUACUAGUUCAGCAUUGCUGCAAGGGCGUUUGAUAUAUUUUCAUUCACAAAACUGUGGUCCAACAGUCAAUGUUUCAAUAAAUACAAAAGAAAUCUUUA